GAUUGGCAGAGAGGGGUGGAGGACACUGAGUGGAGACCAGUGGAGGGAUUGGCAGAGAGGGGUGGAGGACACUGAGUGGAGACCAGUGGAGGGAUUGGCAGAGAGGGGUGGAGGACACUGAAUGGAGGACAAGGGGUGGAGGUCAGUGGUGUGGGAUUGGCAGAGAGGGUGAGGACACUGAAUGGAAGCCAGUGAUGGGAUUGGCAGAGAGGGGUGGAGGACACUGGAUGGAAGCCAUUGGGAUUGGCAGAGAGGGGUGGAGGACACUGGAUGGAAGCCAGUGAUGGGAUUGGCAGAGAGGGGUGGAAGGCAGUGGAGGGAUUGG